AUUCCGAAUGGUAACACUAGUCACUGUAUGUCUAGCAAUAGCUGUCAUCUGAUAAACUUUUAGAUUCUGGGUGUUGCAUCAUCGAUCUAGAUAAAAUGUCGAACAAAGUGUUCCCCGUGGUUAGGGCUGAAGAGGAGGAGGAAGAGCUCGUGGAUCCACAGCAUGCAUUGAGGGAACAAUGCAGUCAGAAAUCAGAUGCACAGAAUAUGUGGUCAAAAUAUCAAGAGUGUAAUGACCGCGUCAAUUCCAGAUCUAACACAGCAGAAACCUGUGAAGAGGAACUAAGGGACUAUCUACAUGUUCUCGACCAUUGCGUGAACAAAGAUCUUUUCAAACGGUUAAAGUAGGAUUUUCUGUAGACUUAUUUUAAAUCCACCUUUAUAUUGUCAUUGUUAUAAAUCCUUAAGCUUGUUUCAUCAAUGAAUAUGUGAAAAUAUCUUAUUUAAGGUGGAAUGUAGAUUGUUAAUAAAUUAUUUUACUGGAAAUAAAGGAUUGUCAUUAUUAGACUUACUGUUUUUGUAAAUAAAUAAGUUCAGUUUA